AUGUCUCUUCAACUGAUGGCUUCAUAUGAUGGUACCAAUAUGCCGUCGAGACUACGCAGCAUCGUGCAAGCACGAGCGCCAGUGAUCAAGAUCAACGUCGCCUCUAAGAAGAAGAUUUACACCACAUUAGACAGAAUCGAAGGGACAGUAUCCAUUACUUGCCCCACAGAUCUACCAUUCGAUGAAGUCUCCAUCGAGCUUGUUGGAACUUCACGAACCUUCAUUGAGAAAAUGGCAACGGCAGCGGCUAUGUCUGGUCGAAGCGAGGCCUUCCAUCAAUUCCUGAGGCUCACACAACCGGAUGUCGCCCACCAGUACCCCGGUGAUAACAUCUUCAAAGCGGGAACUGAGUACCAAUUUGCAUUCGUCUUCGUAGUCCCACAGCAUCUUUUGCCUCGCAUCUGCCAGCAUAAGGCAAAGUCCGCAGGAAUCCCCGACGACCUUGCGCCAGAGAUGAGCUCGGUCAGAUACGGCAUUUUCGUGAAGAUCUGCAACUUCAAGGCUACGGAUGAUGGUCUCUUCAAACGCGACCCCAUCACAACUCGAGCGAGACGGCUUCGCAUCAUGCCUGUGGUUGAGGAGCAGCCACCUCUUGUUGUGGAUGACGAGGAGAGCGAGUACAUCAUGCGAAAGCAGAAGGAGACCAAGAAAGGCAUUUUCAAGGGCAAAAACGGCGUGCUAUCAAUGGAAGCCGCCCAACCAGCGUCCUUCUCUGUCAGCGCUCGACACGAUCCAGAACAACGCACCACUUCUAUGGCAACCGUCAUGCUCCGCUUUGACCCUGUCGAUAGGACUGCAGCACUACCAAAGCUCGGCAACCUGGUGGCGAAGCUGAAAGUGGCGACGUACUUCGCUAGUACCGCCCGCCAUCACUUUCCAAGUAAGAAGAAUUCAGCCCAGGAUCUCUCCCAGGGCAUUCAUAGCGAGCAGAUGACACUGGCGUCUCGUUGCAUGGGUAAUGUCGAAUGGGUCAAAGUGGACCCUGCUAAACCAUCGUCCACCGAGCGUAGGGACUCGGCGUGUUCGGCGGUCGAGACUGGUAAUAUUCCUGCACCCAGCGAGGGCUACACUGGCCAGGCUUACUACACUGCCCGACUCCUGGUGCCCAUCACACUGCCGGCAAACAAAACCUUCGUACCGACCUUCCACACCUGCCUCAUCAGUCGUGUCUAUCAGCUCAAGCUGGAAUUGGGUCUGAGCGGUAUCGGCCAAAAUAUCAACCUGAAGGUGCCGAUACAGAUCUCAUCCGAAAACGCAUCGACCGAUGCAAUUCAGCGACGCGCCUCCGGCGAUUCGAUCACAGACGAAGGCGAGAUGGAAGAUGAUGAUGUGACCGAUUUCUUCGAGCCUAGGUCGAUGAGAUCACCGGAUGGAGGAUUCGUCGGUCGAAGCAGAAUCGGCAGUCAGGCUCCGAUUAACGAUGAGUUGCCUGGUUACUCGCCGUAUGUACCGCCUGGAGGAAGUCGAAGAAGGAGUAGUGCUCGUGUCUUGAGUGGGCUGAACUGA